AUGCGUGGCUUGGACGAGACCUGGCCAGCUGAUCUGGUGGAAAUGCAGCUUUACGCACAAGAGAACAAGGGUUACAAUUACUUGCUGACGGUUAUCGAUGUCUUCUCAAAGUACGCUUGGACCGUACCUUUGAAGCAGAAAACUGGAAACGAAGUUGCAGCAGCAAUGAAGUCUGUUCUAGAUCGAGGUAAAUACAAAUGGCUUGAUAUCUUACCUGAUUUACUAAGGGAGUACAAUAACAGCGAACACCGCACCAUCGGUAUGAAACCUAAAGAUGGCAACAGGAAGAAUGAAGCUAUAGUUUUGAAACAUUUUUUUCGAAUAAGUCAAGAAAACAGAAAAAAAGCUAAAUUUAUGGUUGGAUAUAAGGUGAGAGUGAGCAAAAUGAAGCAAGUAUUUGAAAAAGGUUAUACACCUAACUUGUUGACAGAGGUUUUUACCAUUAGUAAAGUUGUACUAACGUACCCAGUAUAUACGUACAAAAUGAAGGAUUAUCAAGAUCAACCUAUCACUGGUGGUUUCUACGAGCAAGAACUCUUUUAUAUGUAA